GCCCAGAGAGGGCGCCCACGCCCCUGCGUGCCGGGCGCACAGCCCUGGCGACCUGUGGUGACCCGCGGUGACCCGCUUGGGCGUAUUGUAGCUUCUAAAUAAAACGUCUUCGGGUAAGCGUGGUCACGUGCCCUCACAGGCUCCUUGGCGGGUGAGUGUUCCUAACAGACUCUUUCUACAGUUGGGGAAGUUGAGAGAGGUUCAGUAACUUAGCCAAAGUCACGCAGCUAAUAACUAAACAGGACUGGAGCUCAACUUCGAUCCCAGCGCUUCCGUCCACCUGACCGGGCUGCCCGUCCGCGCGCUCGUGGGUGCUACACCGCCCACUCGCACGCAGCUUUCCUGCAGGAGCCUGCGGACUCUGCCCGGAAUACCCGUCGUCGCUGCAGACUGCUACCACCUUCGCCUUUCCAAGCCCUCCCCCAUCAAAACUCAAGUUCCAGAAAACUUUCCCUGAUUCCCUGCAAUCUGUGUGAAGAACACUCCAGCGUGCUGUGGUUGCUUCUCAGCACUUACCGUUUUGUACUUAACGCAGUACAGGACACAUAAUAGGCUCUAAAUAAGUGACAGGCCACCUCAAGUCAUUUCUUUUAUUCAGUCAUUGAUUCAACGCCUACUUUACCCUCUGCCAGGCACUGUUCUGAGCUUUUCAUGAAUUAGAUCUUGCAAUCUUCCCUACAAUCCUGUAAGAUGCUUUUAUUGUCCACAUUUUGAAGAUAAAGAUACAGGUACAGAGUCACACAGCCUAGAGGGAGCCUGACCAGAGGCAAGAGCUCAUCUGGCACAGCUGCCAGAGCCUCAGCUGACUGCAAAACACCUGGCCCUGGGUUGGAAUCAGUUACCCAAGAACUUGGAUUGGCUUUACCUGAAGUGCCAAGGAGGCUGGCAGUGCCAUGGCCUAACUUCUUCCUUCACCAACUAUUGAGUGCCUACAGCAUGGCAUUGUUGCUAGGUACUGAAAAUACAAAAAUGAAUGUCACCAGAUUUCUGUGUCCAGUGGGAACAGAUGUGUUUAAACAAAUAAUGACAAUAUAGUGAAAGAAAUUUUUUUUGUUUUUUGCAUAGAAAGAUUCUCUGAAGAAUAAAUGUUUUAUUGGAUCUUUGUCUAAUGAGGUUGCAGUACGAUGCCUGGAAGAUUAAGUUAACUUUACCUGUUGGAGUGUUGUUGGCAGAUCGUGGGAGGAGGAGCAUGGGAAAUCCAACCAGGCUUCUCGGUGGAGAUGAUCUUUGAACUUUCUUGAAGAAUGAGUAAGAGAUCUUUAGGAGAAGAUUACCUAGAGCUGGAGAGCUCCAUGGCUGAGAGUAGGCUCCGGGCUCCAGACCUAGAUGCUCAGCUAGGAGUUUCCAGUUGUCUGGAAAAAUGCCACAGGAGCUCACAGGGUGCUGGGAGGCAGCCCUUUUCUGGAAAGUCCUUUUACUUGGAUCUGCCAGCUGGCAAGAAUCUCCAGUUUUUGACAGAGGCCAUUCAGCAUCUGGGUGGGGUAAUUGAGGGUUUUCUGAGCAAAGAAAUAAGUUACAUCGUGUCCAGCCGCAGAGAAGCAAAGGCAGAGAGCAGUGGAACAAGCCACAGAGCCUGCCCCAGCCCCAGCGAAGUCAGAGUAGAGCCAGCAGCCAUAGCCCAUCCAAGAGGCAGCCACACCAGGCCUUCACAGAAAUCCAUAGACUCGGUGCCUAUGAGCAGAGGGAAGGAGCUGCUACAGAAGGCCAUCAGGAAGCAGGGGAGCAGCAGUGGAGGAGGCAGUGGAAGCAGCAGCAACCUCCUGACCAACGCCCGCUCCUGGGGAGUGAGGAUUCUACACGUGGAUGAAAUGAUGAUGCACGUGCAGCAGCUGUCUCUUGGUCCUUUAUGUGUGAAGAAACAAGAGCCAAAGAAACCAGAGGGAACAUGUCCAGCAGCAGAGUCAAGAACGCGGAAAGUGGCCAGACUGAAGGCACCAUUCCUCAAAAUCGAAGAUGAGAGCAGGAAGUUUCGUCCUUUCCAUCAUCAGUUUAAAUCCUUUCCUGAAAUUUCUUUUCUGGGACCCAAAGAUGCAAGUCCCUUUGAGGCUCUGACGACCCGAGGCAGCUCACACCAUACCAGAGAACCCAAGGACCAAGAGCCAAGCCUGCAAUCAACCGCCCACACCGUGCCCAGGAGGAAGAAAGGGUACUGCGAGUGCUGCCAGGAGGUCUUUGAGGAGCUCCAUGUGCAUCUUCAGAGCGCCCGGCACCAGGGCUUUGCCCUAGAAGCCCAUCCCUAUGCAGAAGUUGACCAGAUCAUCGCCCAGCUUAGCCACAGCUUUGCAGACAUCCCCUUCCAGGCCAGCCUCCCCAGGCGGUCAGGUUCCCCAGCUUCUGAUUGUGACCCUCCCCAUCCUGAGACUCUACCCGCCAGCCAGCCCUCCCAUCCCAAGACAGCGUCUCCCAGGAUGAAGAACGAAGACAACUGCCAGACACCAGUCACCCCAGAGUGGGAUAGGACAGUGGGCAGUGUGAAGGCACCGGCUGAACCUGCAGGGACUUGCAAGGUGCCUGGACAAGUAGCAAGCUGCCAGGAGCUAGGGGGCUCACUUGGUGUGUUUGCGAACCCCCCAGGGACACCAGUGCCCAGGAGCCCUGCUUGCCUCCUGACCAUCUCCAGCUUUACAGACCUCUCUUCUGGCCCAGACCUGGCACUUGGUGGCCACAAGCGGAAGGUUGAGUUCCCCAGUGGCAAUGCUGAGAAGAAACCGGGGGCCUCAUUUUUUGUCCCAAGAGCCCCCAGCCCCUGUAGCACCAGGACAACCAGUGGUGGGCAUCCUCCGUCCCUCUCGCUUCCAGGCCAUGAGUCCAGGCCUCUGGCCUCCUUCCUGCCCUUGUGCCACCCACAGACUGGCCUCUCCCUCCCAGACUCUUUCCCCUGGCAGCCCACAGACAGAGCAGCAGAGUUCUGGGCCACAUAGCCUCCCUGGCCUGGGGGAGGGUGGCCCCCAGGGCCUGAGGAUUCUGAGUGUGCAGCCCCUGGCCCUGUGUCCCAGCAGACUGGUCAGCUCCCCAGCUGCCCUGAGCUCCCGGCCAGCCAUCAGCCCACCUGCACUCAGCUGCCAGCACACAGCCCCCAGGGGGCCUACAGAGGGCAAGUCUACCUCUCUCCCCCACCCUCUGCCAGCCAGUGGGGGAGCCAGCUGCUCCCAAUGGCUCUGGGCCCCCCAGCCUCUCCAAGUGCCCUGCUUCCCUGUCUCCUAGUCCCAGCCCCAGCCCAAUGCAGGCAGAGAGCUGUUCCUGUGAGUCCCCAAGGUACUCAGCUCUUCAUGGGGCCAGACAGCUCCAGACUGAAGGGCCACAAAUACUAGUUAUACCUCUGCUUAGUGCUGCACCUGGCCAGGUCUGACUAGCACACAAAGACAAGCAGAGCCCCAGGAUAUUCCUAAAGAAGCCAGAAGAAGGCCCGGGCCUGGACUUUGAGUCCAAGUGAGCAGCUGUCACGCUAAGCUCUGUGGAGCGGACAGAGCGAGUCCUCUUGCCCGCCAGAUCUUUGCGCAGGACCAAGAGAGUCUGGGUUGGGGCUGUCCUCUCCUUCCCCUACCUCCAGCCAUGUUCCUGACCAAGCGGCAGGCUACAAGGGCUUGUCCGGCCAUGGCCAGCUGCCCACACCAGAGGAGAGGUUGGCAUAGGGAGGCACCACAAGAAGCUAGAGCAGCAGGAGUCCUGGCCCGGCCUCUUGGCCUCGGCAGGCGUUUGCCUCUGCAGAGCUGAGGGCUAGUUGGUGUUCCCCACCCCCAGCCUCCUUCCCCACAAGCAUGUGGUCUCUCCUGCUUUCCGAAAUGCCUGUGUUUGUAUCCCCUCCCCCAGCCCCCCACGCUCCUGCCUCCUGCGUGCAGAUUCUCAGGAACAUAUGAAGCAGAGGAGGGGCUCGGGCUUCGGCACUUACAGAGCUCCCUCCCCCAUGCACUUAAUUGGGGCCCAGUACUGACCUUCCCCUUGAGCCCAGGAUGUGGCCAGAGACCCCUCUAGGGACCCCUCUCAGCUCUUUUCUGCCUCCUCAGCUCAAGCUGCCCACCCAGAGUUUUUUAUUCCAGGGCCAGUAUCUCACCUGCCAACUUCCACAUUGCCCUCUUCCCUCCCCCUUUCCCUUCUCCUUCCCCAAGGACCUCCCCCCAUUUCUUGCAGCCAAGCCAUUAAUCUAGAGACAGAAAUGGGUUUGCUAUCGAUUCUUUGGCCACUUUUUUUUUUUAUUAUUACAAUUUGUACUGUGGUUCUUCUCACCCUUCUAUGCCUCUGUGUGUUUGUCUCUUUAAAUGUGGAAGCUACCGGAAGCCUGGUGCUGUUCUGUGUCUCCUUUCAGAGGAAGGAAGGGGGGCUUACUGUGGGUGAAGGCCCAAGUUGUUAGUUUGGAAAUAGAGCAACUGUGUGUACAACCCUCCUUAGAGGUCAGUCAUGUUUGGUCUUUGUAUCCCAUUCCCGUUAUGUUUCACAGUUAAUCUUGGUUCAGGAAACAUAAAUAAACUUGUUAAUAACAAAUGGCA